UUCACCAAAAGUAUAAUUCCAAUACAUAUAACACACCCCAACUCCACCGUCGCUCCUCCGUCACUCAAAACCCUAAAUUUCCGAUCUCCGGCGAAAUCCCAUAAACUUUGGUGUCACUUUCUUCUGAAAUUUCAAGAAAGGAGGGUAACUAGGAAGAUGCCGCUUUAUGAUUGUAUGCUGUUGUUAAAGCCUCAUGUUAAAAAGGAUUCCCUUAUUGAAUUGGUUUCCCGAGUCGGUAAACACGUGUUUCGAAGAAAUGGUGUUUUGACUGAGCUUAAAUCGCUUGGGACCGUUCAGUUGGGUUACGGUAUCAAGAAGCUUGAUGGCAGAUAUUAUCAGGGUCAACUGAUGCAAAUGACAAUGAUGACCCCACCAAACUUCAACAAGGAGCUCCAUUAUCUGAAUAAGGAAGACCGCCUCUUACGCUGGAUUUUGGUCAAACACAGAGACGUCAAGUUUGGUGGAGGUGAGUCUCAGGAUGAAGAUGAUGGUAACAAUGGCUUGAGAAUGAUAAGAAGUAGCUAUUAUGAUGUUGAUAGUGAAGAGUCUGAGGACAAAGAUGAUGAUCAGGAAGAGUAUGACAGGGCAUUAGAAGAACAAAACACAAAGCCUAAAGUCAACUGAUCUUAAGUUGACCAUAUUUGUCCUUUUGAGUUUCGUUUAAAAAACACCUUAGUUUGUGAUAUGUAUGAUAGAUGGAAUGAUAGUGGUUAGCCUUCUCUUUUCUUUAGUAUGUUGGUGUUUUGCACUUUUGCUACUUGUUAGACUAUCAGAAAUGGCGUUAAUAACACACCGUCUAUUAAGAUUUC